CAGUUCGCGGAGUGUCCAACAGAGGGCGGCCAUGUCACACAUCAACGCCACCGAGUUGACUUCCUUGCUGCUCUCUCUCUUGCAUCACUGCCUCAACAGAACCGCUCCGCCGCAGCCUCCCUCCCUCCCGCAGAAUCACACCAACACCGCCGCACCACCGUGGGCGGCUCGGGCCCAGUCCCAAUCUCAGUCCGUGUUCUACAUCCUCGUGGUGCUCGGCAUGUUCAGCUUCUUCUCCUUCGGCGUCAUGCUCAGCUUCAUCCGCUCCAAGAAGCUGGAGAGCUCCCACGACCCGUACCACUUGUACAUCGCACACGACUGGACCCGGAAGAAGACACCGUGCAGAGCCGCCACGGGCCAGGCAUGGGGAGCAACGGGGUCUGUGGUCAUCUGUAACCCAGCGACGGGGCAAGGGACAGCAGAACAAGAGCAGUAA